AAAUCCGCGCCUCUCCGGACUGUUGGGUCACAUGCGGAGUUUGAAGUGGCGGCUUCCAGUCACACAUGCGUACCGACAAAGUGAAUGGCACACGGGCGCAGAAGUGACACCUAGUAGGCAAGCGGAGGGAGGCGGGACGCUAGCAGAGCCGACCCACAGCAGCUGGAUAAAACCCACGCGGGAGGAAACAAGGAGAAGAAGGAGGAGGAGGUGGAGGAGGAGGAAAAGAAGAAGAAGAAGAAGUAGUAGCGCGCGUGGAGAGGAUGAAGAUGAAACCCGAGGGUGGUUAUAGUAUCCCGCAACCGCUGAAAGCCUGAAAGCCAAGGCUUCAGGACUCUCUUUAGGAGUCGCGGCAGGUUGAAUUCGGCUCAGCUGAGAAAAAAAGUUCCGCGACUGUAUACAAUGGUUAUAAAUGGGUCUCACCUGAACAGCUCCUUGCCGGACCCCAGUGACGCCGCCCUGAACCGCCCGCCGUGGGUUACCACAACUUUGGGCUGCUUCCUCAUCUUCACCAUCGUUGUUGACAUCCUGGGCAACCUCCUGGUCAUCUUCUCCGUGUACCGGAACAAGAAGCUCAGGAACGCAGGGAACAUCUUUGUGGUGAGCCUGGCGGUGGCAGAUCUCGUGGUGGCGAUCUACCCGUACCCCCUGGUCCUCACCUCCAUCUUCCACAAUGGCUGGAACCUGGGCUACGUCCACUGCCAGCUCAGCGGCUUCCUCAUGGGCGUCAGCGUCAUCGGCUCCAUCUUCAACAUCACCGGCAUCGCCAUCAACCGCUACUGCUACAUCUGCCACAGCCUCAAGUAUGACAAACUGUACAGCGACAAAAACUCGGUCUGCUAUGUGAUGCUGAUCUGGGCGCUGACUGUGGUGGCCAUCGUGCCCAACCUGUUCGUGGGUUCGCUUCAGUACGACCCAAGGGUUUACUCCUGCACUUUUGAGCAGUCGGCCAGCUCGGCGUACACGAUCGCGGUGGUUUUCUUCCACUUCAUUCUGCCCAUCAUGAUUGUCACCUACUGUUACCUGCGCAUUUGGAUAUUGGUCAUACAGGUGAGGCGGCGGGUCAAGCCGGACAAUCGGCCCAAGCUGACGCCGCACGACGUCAGGAACUUUGUCACCAUGUUUGUGGUGUUCGUGCUCUUCGCCGUCUGCUGGGCGCCGCUCAACUUCAUCGGCCUGGCCGUAGCGAUCAAGCCGGAGGUGGUGGUUCCGCUCAUCCCCGAGUGGUUGUUCGUGGCGAGCUACUUCAUGGCCUACUUCAACAGCUGCCUUAACGCCAUCGUGUAUGGCGUCCUGAACCAGAACUUCCGGCGCGAGUACAAGCGCAUCGUGGUGUCGGUGUGUACAGCUCGCAUCUUCUUCCAGGACAGCUCCAACGACGCAGGGGAGAGGCUCAAGAGCAAACCGUCGCCGCUCAUGACCAACAAUAACCAGGUCAAGGUGGACUCUGUCUGAACCAGGACUCGGAGACUCGGACGGUUACGGUGAUGCUGAAAAAAAAAAGAAGAAGAAGAAAAAAAAGCAGAGAGAGAAAAAUACCAAAUAUAACUCUAAAACAGCUUCUAUCCUCUGAGCUGUCCAGACUGUCAUACGGUGCUAUCUGACCUCUGAACAAUCACAGUAAGAGCAGGGGUGCAUAUAAUCUUUGUCCUUUAUCAAGCACUUUGGUUUGACUCUGCCGUACCUGUAGUACAGUAAAUAUAUGAUGUCUGUUUUGUUUUCAUGUUUACAGUGAUGAUAUAAAUGUAUCAUGCAUUAUAUAUUCAAGUAUUUAUUUUGUAUGAAAUGUCAUGUAGAUAUAUGGUGAGGUAUAUCAGGUUGCAGUGAGAGGAAAAGUAACUUUUGAGGAGGCCAAGAAGAAAAAAAAAUUUCUACAAAAAACCUGGUUGAAAAUAAAACCGGAAAUUUAUAAACGAAGUUUUAUUAAUCUCAUUUGUGACAUUGUAAUACUAAUUGAGUCCAGGCAAUGUGGGUUGCUGCUGUCAUAUUAUACCCUACUGUCCCUUACAUUAGGCCCCCCCCUCUCUCUUUUUCUCUUUCUCUUUCUCUCUUUCUCUCUCUAUCAACUUGUGAGCUCGUUAUACUGUAUGCAUGGAUAUCAGGAAUUGUUCAUAUGCAAAAUAAAAUCUGAUAUUGAUGGAG